CAAAGUGGCAAAACUGAAAUUGAACUAUUUGCAUAUGAAUGAAGGUCUAUGUUGCUCUGUGAUCUGUGACAGAUUAAUCCUUCUUUGGUGUUGGAUAUGCGGUUCGGAUUAUAUCCGUCGUUGACGUGGAAAAGGUUAAACUAUGGUUAUAUUUUACAUUCAAAGUAUCUGUUGCUUUAUGGCCCCUUACAUUAUGCAGUAACUAUGUUUAUCAUAAGUUGAUAUUUGACAAUGAACCAAAGUAAUAGAACCUAGGUGUUUUGGUCAGUAGAAGCAGUAAAGCAUGCCAAAGGGUUUGGAACCUCUUGUCUAUUUGUAUUAGAUGAUAAGCCAAACCACCAUAAUCGUAUGUUACCUGAUCUGCAUACUGGUGAAAUUGACUAUGUGUGUAAAAGAACAAGGAAAACCACUCUCCGAGUAAAUAGCCCCACCUCAUAUCCCUGUCAUUUAAAUAUAUACAUAGCUCUAGUGUGAGCCAGUUCAUGCCUGAACUGAACCCCUUCUAUUCUAUUCGACAUAGUCCCACAGUAAGCUCAAUAUGGCUUAUGUUGUGGGACUAGACGACGUUAUACUUAAUAGAUAUAGACAGAUAAAGAUACAUAGAAAACAUCUAUAACUCAGGAACAAAUAUAUCUGAUGAACGCAAGUAAAUGCCGUCACCAGGAUUUGAACCCGGAACCUCCUGCUUCCUAGGCAUGGUCACUAACGACUAGGCUAAGAGGCCAUUAAAGGAUUAACCUUUUUUAUAAUCCUUAGCACCAAUGAUAUUAAUCAGUCCAAUACGUCAACCCGAGCGUCAAUUUUUUCAUGACAUUAGUCAAAAUGACGUUUUAGUAGCUAUUAUUUUGAGCAUCAUAAUCUCUGAAAUCUUGCUGGAAAAGAUGGCACAGAAAUCGUACCAGGCCGCGUUUAAGCGCGUAAGACCGUUGAUGUCAACGGACUGCUUCGAAGCCCGCCGACGAGUCAUCUCUCUGUACAAAGCCGUUUAUCGCUACAUCCCCUGGAUAGUGAAAUAUUACGACAUUCCUAAAAAUGAAAACGAUGUCCGCUUGAAAGUACGAGAAUUGUUCUACAAGAACGCUUGCGUCACAGACGUUCGAGUUAUUGAUCUACUAGUUAUCAAGGGCUGGAUGGAAUUUAUGGAACUGAGACACAAUUGGCAAAUGAAGGGCCGCCUCUUCGCCUACUGGAACCCUACCAUAGAACCCAAACCUUGCGACUUUCUCAACAAGUUUUUGGCCGGAAUAGAAACUUAAGAUUUUUUAACUUGCUUUUGUUAA